UUCAACUUUUCUUGUCAUUUUUCUGAAUUCAUGCCCACUUCUGUUCUAUAUAUUCAGUCCUCACAUUUCUUACAAACCUCUUCCUCCUUCCUUCUCCUUCCCUUCUUAAGUUUUGAUUUUUUUCUCUUUAGAUUUUUCUGAUAUUCUGCUGUUUUUCUUGCAGAUCUUAAAGUUCAGAAUCAUAAAUUUUCCAGAAAAGAUCAAUUCAUUUUUCUUAUUUCCUAUUCAAAUCCAUGCAAAAAAUAAGAUCUGGGUUAUGAAUCUUUAACAUUAAUUAAUGUCUCCUGUUCUUAGUGAAAUUCUACGUUCUGGGUUUAUGAUAAAUUCUUCUCUCAGGCGCAGGACCCACUUAGUUCAAUCUUUCUCUGUUGUAUUUCUUUACUGGUUUUAUGUUUUCUCAUGAACAAUUAACCUUUCAUUUUGCUUCAAUUUAAAUUAAAAAAACCUUUAAAUUCAUUUUUUUUUAUAAUUUUUUUUAAUCUGGGUCCUGUGUCCUACUACUUGUAUAUAUAAUAUAAAAUCAUAAAAAAUCAGAAUAAUCUGUCAAUGGCUUGUUCAAGUGGGAAUUCAAUCACUAGCAAUCACCUUCAGAACUCAGGAUCUGAAGGAGAUUUGCAGCAGGUAAUGGAUGAGAGGAAGAGAAAAAGAAUGGCAUCAAACAGAGAAUCAGCAAGAAGAUCAAGACAAAGAAAACAGAAGCAUCUAGAUGAUUUAAUGGCUCAAGUUGAUCAAUUAAAGAAAGAAAAUAAUCAGAUUUUGCCAACAAUCAAUCAUACAACACAACAAUAUUUAAGUAUUGAAGCUGAAAACUCCAUUUUAAAAGCUCAAAUCAAUGAGCUUAGCCAAAGGCUUCAAUCCCUCAAUGAUAUCCUUAAUUACAUGAAUACCCUUAAUGGGAUUAAUUCUUCCUUGGAAGAAAAUAGUCUUGGAAUUGACAAUUUGGGUCAUUUUGGAAUUUUUAAUGGUUAUUUUAAUAAUUUCACCCCAAAUAAUAAUUCUGAUAUUUUUAUUAAUAAUUAUAAUAACCCUUGGAAUUUGGGAUAUCUCAACCAACCCAUCAUGGCUUCGUCUGAUGUCCUUCACUACUAAACAUUAAAAAAUAGAAGUAUUUCAAAAAAGAUAGGAUGCUCUAUUUUUUAGAACUUUUAAUCAAGAUUUGGGGUGAUUUAUGGCUAUAUUUAAGUGGGUUAAUUUUAUUUUCAAUUUUUGAUUUUUUUUCCUUUUUUUUUCUUUGUGAUUUGGGGGGUUAAUAGUAGAUUAGUACUUUUAUUAAUUAACAUUACUUUCGACUAUUAUAGUGAUAUUUUUCAAUAUAACAUAUCAUAAUUAGGUGCGAGUAUUUCAGAAUGGAUGAAAUAUAUUAUUAUAUCAUGAAGUGAACCUCCAAGUGCUCCAAAAUGAAUGAUGUAGAUUGAGGAAGAGGUUGUUGAUUGUUGUGUUGUGUAUUGAGUUGUGUGGUGAUGAUACAAAAGCAUGCUCACAUGUAAAUGAGGCAUUCUAGAAUGUAUGUUAAGUUGUUGGAAUGUAAUUUUAAUAAAGUGGGGAGGUUCUUUUGAGGAGUUUAAUGAAAAUUAUUUGAUGUAAAAGAAACAGUCUCCAAUCCAUAAUAGCUUGGGUAAUCAAUGGAGAUGACUAUAUUGAUGAUGUGAUUGGAAUCUUAGAAUUUUAUAUUAUAAAAUGAUGAUAUUAGUGACCUUAA